UAUAUGUGUGAAUGUGUCAACUUUCAUUAGUGAAAGGCUGUGCAUUCCCUUUUUAUGUCACUGGGAGUCGCCACAAGGGGGAGGGACUUAGGCACGGAGGGACAAUGCUCGUGUUUGUGCAAAGGCCCCUGAGUGGCGGCUCUGUUGGAUCUCUUGUGCCUGACUGCGGCUGCUGCACACAUUGUCAGCGAGCAGAGGGGGACGCGGACAGCUUCCUCUGACCGGUCAAUGCAUUGACAGAGUGAAUAGAGCAGGGUUGAAAGAAAGCAGUGCUGAAGGGAAAGGCAUGCUCAGAAUGCCACUGGGCUCCAGAAAAGACAGAUCGAGAGAGAGAGAGACCGAGAAAAGGGAGGAUCCAGUUCCAAGGUGAUUUAUUUUUACCAAAGAGUGGCUGUUCUUCCCAAAAGGGAAGGGUGUGAAGGUUGGCACACCAUUCCAGGAGGCUGGCCGGGUGGGCCGUGGAAGGUUUGUGCUGACACUUUUGCAGCAGAGAGAGAAGAAUUGGAGGAAAUCAGUUAAAGUGUGGCCAAAAUGGCCGAGAAGAAAGUGAGCCUCCCUGCUAAGCUGAUUAAUGGGGGCGUGGCUGGACUGGUGGGCGUGACUUGUGUGUUUCCCAUUGAUCUCGCCAAGACUCGCCUACAAAACCAGCAGGGUGCUCGUGUUUAUAAUGGAAUGCUGGACUGUUUGGCAAAGACGAUCAAAAUGGAGGGUUACUUUGGCAUGUAUCGAGGUGCAGCUGUGAAUCUUACACUGGUCACUCCAGAGAAAGCCAUCAAACUGGCUGCCAAUGAUGUCUUUAGACAGAAGCUCUCCAAAGAUGGAAAAUUACCUCUGUGGGGGGAAAUCCUUGCUGGCUGUGGGGCCGGAACCUGUCAGGUGGUAGUCACCACCCCCAUGGAAAUGCUAAAAAUACAACUACAGGAUGCUGGCAGGUUGGCUGCUCAGCGGACUGUCACUGCCUCUGCCCCAGCUGCUGGUCCGACCCCCUCAUUGGUUGCCUCUCAGGCGGCCCAGCCAGGCACCAACGCCCCUCCUCGAGCCUCAGCAACCCGUAUCACCCUGGAGCUACUCAAGACCCGAGGCCUCAGGGGUCUUUAUAAGGGUGCAGGUGCUACACUGAUGAGGGACGUUCCGUUCUCCAUGAUCUACUUCCCGCUGUUCGCCAACCUCAACGCUGUGGGCCGCAAUGAGGAUCGCCAUAGCAACCCCCAGGAGCGGGCCCCCUUCCUGCAGUCUUUCGUGGCUGGUUGCACGGCCGGCUCAGUGGCGGCAGUAGCUGUCACUCCCCUGGACGUUAUAAAGACCCGCUUACAGACCUUACAGAAGGGAGAGGGAGAAGACUCUUAUAGAGGCAUCAUUGACUGCACACAACGCAUCUUAAAGCGAGAGGGACCAGCCGCAUUUCUCAAGGGAGCAACGUGUCGUGCUUUGGUCAUCGCUCCGCUCUUCGGCAUUGCUCAGGGCGUGUACUUCCUGGGUAUCGGCGAGCACGUGCUGGGCCUGCUGGGAUAGCGGCAGGUGAUGUCACCUCAAUCAUCAUACUCACGUUACUGUUUCUACAUGGGCCAAGAGAUGAUGAUGAGAGAUGAAGGAAGUUGCGACAAUGGAAAAAAGAAGGUCCCCGACUUUAUUUGCGAUAAGGUAAAGAUGGAGAGAAAUUCACGUACCCAACCAAAGGAGGUUCAGACACUUUGGAAGAACAGAGAAUGGUUGUGUAAUGCUAACAUAAAAGCCUAUAUUGCACACUAACCAAGUACCUAAAAACUGCAAACAGGGUUCUUUAGGUAAGACAGGGUCCUGGAAGGGUUAUUAUUUUUAUAUCUUUAAAGCCCAUAGUUACAAUCAGUUUUAAACCAACAUGAUUCAUGGUUGAUUGAUCUGUUGUGAACAGGGUCGAUGUGUAUUUUAAAUUGCAGAAAGGAGACUUGAAUCAAAGUUGAAAUGAAUCCAGAUCUUCCAAAUUUAUGUUUUGGCUCUCUACCGUUGAAUCCCACCCCUUUAAAGUGUUAGUUCACCCAAAAAUGAAAUUUCUGUCAUUAAUCACUCACCCUCAUGUCGUUCCACACCUGAAGACCUUUUUGAUGAAAUUCGAUGGCUCAGUGAGGCCUCCAUUGCCAG